AUGCCUCUGGAUUCCUAUCAUGGUCCAGAACAUGAUCACAUAGCUGUUUUGCAUCGCCAUGCUAGCAUCUUUAACCUUGUACAUCAAAUAGGACAUGUAAAGGAAGCCAUAGUGGCAUAUAUAGAUGACGAAGGAAACACUUUAUUGCACUUGGCUGCAAAAUUAGCGCCACAAAAUCAACUUGAACUGGUUUCUGGAGCAGCUUUUCAAAUGUCUCUCGAGUUAUUAUGGUUUGAGAAAGUUAAAAAGACAAUGAUCCCAGCAAAAAUAAAUUUGAGAAACUUUGAAAACUUCACUGCACAAGAACUAUUCUCAAAGGAGCACGAAAAACUAAGGGGAAAUGGAGAGCAAUGGAUGAAAAAAACGUCCGAGUCUUGUAUGGUAAUUUCAAGUGUCAUUGCUACUGGACUUUUCGCCGCUGCAACUAGUCUACCAAGAGGAACAAAUGAUAACACGGGAAAACAAAAUUAUUUAUCUAAAUCAUCAUUUUUGGUGUUUGCAAUAUCAAAUGCACUCGCACUCAUCUCAUCUUCAACGGCAAUAUUAAUCUUCUUGUCUAUUCUCGUCUCACGCUUUAGAGAGUAUGAUUUUUAUAAAUCACUACCUUUAAAGUUAAUAUUUGGAUUGAUCACAUUAUUCAUCUCCAUUGCAAGCAUGAUGGUAGAAUUUAGCAGUGCCUUCUUUAUUAUAUACUACCAUGGUUCAAAGUGGGUUCCUAGUUCCAUUGCAAUACUUUCCUCCCUCCCAAUACUUUUGUACAUACUGUUGCAUUUUUCACUGUUUUCAGAUAUUAUUUACUCAAGCUACUAUUGGAGGAAGCUAUCUAAGCCCGGUAAAAACAUGAUUUAUGUUCUCGAGAAGUAG